AUGGGUAGACGACCAGCCAGGUGUUACAGAUACUGUAAAAACAAGCCUUUCCCCAAGUCAAGGUACAACCGAGGUGUACCUGACCCCAAGAUCAGAAUUUACGAUCUUGGUAGAAAGAGAGCUUCCGUCGAUGACUUCCCCUUCUGCUGUCAUCUCGUUUCCGAUGAAUACGAACAACUUUCAUCUGAAGCUCUUGAAGCUGCCCGAAUUUGUGCCAACAAGUACAUUGUCAAGACUGCCGGUAAAGAAGCUUUCCACAUGAGAGUUAGAGUUCACCCUUUCCACGUCGUCCGAAUCAACAAAAUGUUGUCAUGUGCCGGUGCCGAUAGAUUGCAACAAGGUAUGAGAGGUGCUUGGGGUAAACCUUACGGAUCCGUUGCUCGAGUCAACAUUGGACAAGUCAUCAUGUCUAUCCGAUGCAAAGACUCCAACAAAGCCGUUAUUAUGGAAGCCCUCCGACGAGCUCGAUACAAGUUCCCUGGACGACAAAAGAUCAUCGUCUCCAAGAAAUGGGGUUUCACUCCUCUCGCCAGAGCCGAAUACGAGGCCCUCAAAUCCGAAAAGCAAGUUAUCAACGACGGUGCUUACGUUCAAUUCCUCAAGCCAAAAGGCAACCUCCUCAAAAACCUCCGAACUGCUCAAAGAGCUUAA